UUAUAUCAUUGCCUUUGCUCUUUUUGUCUCCUUGUCAUUUGCUCAAGCAGCACCUUCCCUCUUGCUUAUUCUACAUGUGCUCAAUUAGCUGCUGUGAAUGGAAAUAUCACACAAAUCCCUCCUACAGCUGGUGUAGCCUGUACCUUGCAAUACGACCCUGUCUCUGUCACUGUCCUUGGAACUUAUGGUGGAAGAGGUAUCAGCUUCCAACAGACAUAUGGCAAUAGUUGCACAAUGGGUAUUGCUUUAGGCGACUUUCUUUAAAUAAACAUAGUCCAUUCUUUAGACAUU